GCCCAACACAAAACCGCCUCCAGUAACACACCACAACCAACGGACAACAACCCACACCGAACCACCCAUUAUGCCCCUCCCCCGCAUCGCUUGCUUCCACGGCGGCGGCUCCAACUCCCAAAUCUACGAGAUGCAAUGCUCCCAGCUUGCCGAGCUUCUCAAACACGAUUUCCAACUCGUCUACUUCAACGGCCCGUUCGACCGCCCCGCAGGGCCCGGCGUCCUCCCCGCCUUCCAUGACUACGGGCCCUAUCACUCGUGGUUCAAGACAGAUACGUCGUCUAUACUAGGUAGUCUCUGCGGCAGCGAGCGGUCCGACGGCAGCGGUUUCGACGAGCAAAAUACAGACGGGGUGGAGCGCGUGUUGGCACAAAUGGCGAACGACAAGACCGGGGGCGGCGGGCCGUGGGUGGGCGCCAUAGGAUUCAGCCAGGGUAGUCGCGUGGUUGGGGGAUUGUUACUCGCGCAGCAGCAGCGGCAACAGCAACAAGAAAAGCAACAAGAAAGCAGCGGGACGAACAUAACUCUCCAGUUUGGGGUGCUAUGCAUGGGAUCCGGAGCGCCGAUGGAGUCGAAAGGCGUGAAGAGCAACGAGCUGGUGCGGAUACCGACACUGCAUGUGCACGGGCUAAAGGACAUGUUUCUCCCGCUGGGACGGCACCAAUUCAGCACGUUUUAUGACACGGAGCGGGCGCAGUUAUACGAAGUAGACUAUCAUCAUGCGAUGCCGUGGGUGAAACACGAGGCGCAGGAGUUGGCGGCAUUGAUGCGGAAGUUAUACCGUGAGACGAAGGAUGCGUGAUGCGGGAGACCGGUGCGGGUCUAGGGGUUUUACAUGGUGGAUCUCUUUCGAGGUGAACGAUGUUUACAAAGAGCGAACCGAGCGCGACCGGGCAGCCCUCAAGGCAACGGGGCCAUGGACGGGGUGCUCGAUCAUAAGCGGGGUAUCGAUGCAAAGAUGAUCGCGCACUAGUCAGUCGACAGAACAUGGAUCUAGACAUUGAAUUGUAAGCAUGCGUUGCGACCAUACAGGCACACUAAAACGUCCUGUGCCCCAGGUCUUUGAUUAAGCCAUUGAUCUUGGAGAAGAUUGCGUUGCGUUAAGAAUUGAGUGUGUCAAAGCUAAGAUGCAUAAGCU